CGAUCCCCCCCAACGCAGCCGGAAAACAGCUGAUGUCAUGGACAGGACGAGACGCGACAGAUAAGGGAAACCCUCCUCUCGACCUCCAGGCCUUUAGGACAUUCUCCUUUUUGCACCUCUAGUCUCUCUCUCUGGUUGGUCUCUCCACCCCUCUGUGACCUGGGGAUGAACGCACCAAUGAGGAGCCUCACAAUCCACUCUCUGUAUAGCACGGCAAGCCCCAGCAUGCUAAAGAGGAAACAGAGCUCACGGGUCGAGGCCCAGCCCAUGACCGACUUUGGGCCGGAUGAGACCCUCACGGACAGCGCCGACAUCUUCUGGAUCAACAAACCAUGGGUGCACUCCCUGCUGCGGGCCUGUGCCAUCAUCAGUGUCAUCUCCGUGUGUAUGAACACCCCCAAGACAUUCGAGCAUUACCCUCCGUUGCAGUAUGUGACGUUCACGCUGGACACGCUGCUCAUGUUCCUCUACACCGCCGAGAUGAUCGCCAAGAUGCACAUCAGAGGAAUCAUCAAGGGGGAAAACUCCUAUGUGAAGGAUCGCUGGUGUAUGUUUGAUGGCUUCAUGGUGUUUUUCAUCUGGGUGUCCCUGGUGCUGCAGGUGUUUGAAAUAGCAGAGCUUGUGGAUCAGAUGUCUCCAUGGGGAAUGCUGAGAAUCCCCCGAGCGCUCAUUAUGAUCCGGGCCUUCAGGAUCUACUUCCGCUUCGAGCUUCCUCGCUCCCGCAUCACUAACAUACUGAAGCGAUCUGGAGAACAGAUCUGGAGUGUCUCCAUCUUCUUGCUGUUUUUUCUCCUGCUCUAUGGAAUCCUGGGUGUUCAGAUGUUCGGGACCUUCAACCAUCACUGCGUCACUAACGAUACACAGAAAGGUAAUGUGACAUGGAACAGCUUGGCCAUCCCAGACACCCAUUGUUCCCCUGAUGGGGAGGGCUACCAGUGUCCUCAUGGCUUCAAAUGCGUGGACCUGGAGGAGCUGGGCCUCAGCCGACAGGAGCUCGGUUACAGUGGCUUCAAUGAGCUAGGUACCAGUAUCUUCACCGUGUAUGAGGCUGCCUCCCAGGAGGGCUGGGUGUUCCUUAUGUACAGAGCCAUUGACAGUUUCCCUCGCUGGCGCUCCUACUUCUACUUUAUAACUCUCAUUUUCUUCUUGGCAUGGCUUGUCAAGAAUGUGUUCAUUGCUGUCAUCAUCGAGACAUUUGCUGAGAUAAGAGUGCAAUUUCAGCAGAUGUGGGGGUCAAGGAGCAGCACCACCUCCACCGCUACAACACAGAUGUUCCAUGAAGACGCUGCUGGGGGGUGGCAGCUUGUAGCAGUGGACGUCAACAAACCACAUGGCCGAGCGCCUGCCUGCCUCCAGCAACUGAUGCGGUCCUCUGUGUUCCACAUGUUCAUCUUGAGCAUGGUCGCUGUGGACGUCAUUGUUGCCGCUAGCAACUAUUAUAAAGGCGAGAACUACCGCAGACACUAUGAUGAGUUUUACCUGGCAGAGGUUGCCUUUACUGUGUUAUUUGACCUGGAAGCUCUUCUGAAGAUCUGGUGUCUGGGCUUCACCGGCUACAUCAGCUCCUCCCUGCACAAGUUUGAAUCUCUGUUGGUGGUGGGCACCACGCUGCACAUCUACCCCGACCUCUACCACUCUCAGUUCACCUACUUUCAGGUGCUACGUGUGGUGCGUUUGAUUAAGAUUUCCCCAGCUCUGGAAGACUUUGUGUACAAGAUUUUUGGUCCAGGUAAAAAACUAGGCAGCCUGGUGGUGUUCACAGCCAGCCUCCUCAUCGUCAUGUCGGCCAUCAGUCUGCAGAUGUUCUGCUUUGUGGAGGAGCUGGACCGAUUCACCACAUUCCCCAGGGCAUUCAUGUCCAUGUUCCAGAUCCUAACCCAGGAGGGCUGGGUAGAUGUCAUGGACCAGACUCUCGUGGCUGUAGGUCAUAUGUGGGCUCCGGUCGUCGCCAUUUACUUCAUCCUCUACCAUCUGUUUGCUACCCUGAUUUUGCUCAGUCUUUUUGUGGCUGUCAUCUUGGACAAUCUGGAGUUGGAUGAAGACUUGAAGAAGCUCAAACAGCUCAAGCAAAGCGAAGCCAAUGCCGACACCAAAGAGAAGCUCCCUCUGCGACUCAGGAUCUUUGAGAAAUUCCCCAACAGACCUCAGAUGGUGAAGAUCUCCAAGCUCCCAUCUGAUUUCACAGUGCCCAGGAUCAGGGAGAGUUUUAUGAAGCAGUUCAUUGAUCGUCAGCAGCAGGACACCAGUUGUUUGUUCCGGCGUCUCCCCUCCGCUUCAUCCUCCUCCUGUGACCACUCCAAACGCUCAGCCAUUGAAGACAACAAGUAUAUCGACCAAAAGCUCCGCAGGUCAAUAUUUAGCAUCCGAGCUCGUAACCUCCUGGAAAAAGAAAACACUAUCAAUAAAAUCCUACGGGCUUGUACCAGACAGCGUAUGCUAAGUGGAUCCUUUGAAGGCCAGCCAGCCAAAGAACGCUCCAUACUCAGUGUCCAGCAUCACAUACGGCAGGAGCGCAGAUCUCUGAGACAUGGCUCCACCAGUCAGAGGAUCAGCCGAGGGAAGUCGCUGGAGACACUCACCCAGGAUCAUUCCAGUACAGUACGCUAUCGUAACGCACAGAGAGAGGACAGUGAGAUCAAGAUGAUCCAAGAAAAGAAAGAACAAGCAGAGAUGAAAAGAAAAGUCCAGGAGGAGGAACUGAGGGAAAAUCAUCCUUACUUUGAUAAACCUCUGUUCAUCGUGGGGCGGGAGCACCGCUUCAGGAACUUUUGCAGGAUGAUUGUUCGAGCUCGCUUCAAUGUAUCCAAAACUGACCCGAUAACAGGAGCAGUGAAGAACACCAAAUACCACCAGCUGUACGAUCUUCUGGGCCUCGUCACCUAUCUGGACUGGGUUAUGAUCGUGGUAACCAUCUGCUCCUGCAUCUCUAUGAUGUUUGAAUCACCCUUCACCAGGGUCAUGCAUGUCCCAACACUGCAGAUAGGGGAGUACGUUUUCGUGAUCUUCAUGAGCAUCGAGCUCAACCUGAAGAUCAUGGCCGACGGGCUGUUCUUCACCCCCACAGCUGUCAUCAGAGACUUUGGAGGAGUCAUGGAUAUCUUCAUCUAUCUUGUGAGCCUGAUCUUCCUGUGCUGGCUGCCUCCUGAUGUCCCUCCUGAGUCUGGGGCUCAGCUGCUGAUGAUGCUGCGCUGCCUGCGUCCGCUCAGGAUCUUCAAGCUGGUACCCCAGAUGAGGAAGGUGGUGCGGGAGGUUCUCAAAGGAUUCAAGGAGAUUUUCCUGGUUUCCAUUCUGCUCCUCACACUAAUGCUGGUGUUCGCAAGCUUUGGAGUUCAACUGUUUGCCGGAAAGCUCGCCAAGUGCAACGACCCCCAUAUCCUUAAACGGGACGACUGUCACGGUAUAUUUCGAAUAAAUGUCAGCGUUUCCAAAAACCUCAACCUGAAACUAAAGCCUGGAGAGAAGAAACCUGGUUUCUGGGUUCCACGAGUCUGGGCCAACCCUCGUAACUUUAACUUUGACAAUGUGGGAAAUGCCAUGUUGGCUCUGUUUGAAGUGCUGUCACUCAAAGGCUGGGUGGAGGUCCGAGAUGUCAUUAUUCAUCGCGUUGGACCGAUCCAUGGUAUCUACAUCCACGUCUUUGUGUUUCUGGGAUGCAUGAUUGGACUCACUCUGUUUGUAGGCGUCGUCAUCGCAAACUUCAAUGAGAACAAGGGCACUGCUCUCCUCACAGUGGACCAGAGGAGAUGGGAGGAUCUGAAGAGUCGACUGAAGAUAGCCCAGCCUCUCCACCUGCCCCCUCGCCCAGAAAACGGAGGUUUCCGAGCCAAGAUGUAUGACAUCACUCAGCAUCCCUUCUUCAAACGGGGCAUUGCUGUUCUGGUGUUGGCACAGUCAGUGCUGCUCUCAGUCAAGUGGGACGUAGACGAUCAAGUAACAUUUCCUCUCGCCACCAUGUCGGUGGUCUUCACAUUUAUAUUUGUACUGGAGGUGACCAUGAAGCUGAUAGCCAUGUCUCCAGCAGGUUACUGGCAGAGCAGACGGAACCGCUAUGACCUGCUGGUCACAUCACUAGGUGUCAUCUGGAUAGUCCUGCACUUUUCCUUACUGAAUGCAUAUACCUACAUGAUGGGCACAUGCGUGAUCGUCUUCAGAUUCUUUACGAUCUGUGGGAAGCAUGUGACACUGAAGAUGCUGCUGUUGACUGUGGUAGUCAGCAUGUACAAGAGCUUUUUCAUCAUCGUGGGCAUGUUCCUCCUCCUCCUCUGCUACGCGUUCGCCGGGGUUGUUCUCUUUGGAACUGUUAAAUAUGGAGAGAACAUCAACCGGCAUGCCAACUUCUCCACAGCGGGCAAGGCUAUCACGGUUCUCUUCCGUAUUGUCACAGGGGAAGAUUGGAAUAAAAUCAUGCAUGACUGCAUGGUUCAGGCCCCGUUCUGCACCCCUGAUAAACAUCGCUACUGGGAGACCGACUGUGGCAACUACGCUGGAGCGCUCAUCUACUUCUGCUCUUUCUAUGUCAUCAUAGCCUACAUUAUGCUCAACCUACUCGUAGCCAUCAUCGUGGAGAACUUCUCACUGUUCUACUCCACCGAGGAGGACCAGCUGCUGAGCUAUAAUGACCUGAGGCACUUCCAGAUCAUCUGGAACAUGGUGGAUGACAAACGGGAGGGUGUGAUCCCCACAUCCAGGGUGAAGUUCCUGCUCCGUCUGCUCCGAGGCAGGCUUGAGGUGGACCUGGACAAAGACAAGCUGCUGUUCAAACACAUGUGCUAUGAGAUGGAGCGGCUUCACAGUGGAGGGGAUGUGACCUUCCACGAUGUGCUCAGCAUGCUGUCAUAUCGCUCAGUGGACAUUAGAAAGUCUCUCCAGCUGGAGGAGCUGUUGGCCAGGGAACAGUUGGAAUACACCAUUGAAGAAGAGGUUGCCAAGCAGACCAUACGCAUGUGGCUCAAGAAAUGCCUCAAACGCAUCCGCGCGAAGCAGCAGCAGUCGUGUAGCAUCAUCCACAGCCUGAGAGAGAGCCAGCAGCAGGAGCUGAGCCGCUUCCUCAACCCUCCCAGCAUAGAGACCACCUUGCCAAGUGAGGACCACAACGCUAACAACCCAGACAACCCCUCGCAGCCUGAGAUGAGUGGUCCCCAGCAGCUACUGAGCCCCACGUUGUCAGACAGAGGAGGCUACAGGCAGGACUCCUCAGACCUGGGGAAACCACAGAGGAAGCUGGGACAGUGGCGGCUGCCUGCAGGUCGCACAAGUGUCAAGUCCAUCGUGUGCAAGAUGAACCCCGUCAACGAUGAGGCUUCUUCGGGGUCAGAGGUGAAGAAGUGGUGGACCCGUCAACUGACUGUGGAGAGUGACGAGAGCGGCGACGACCUCAUUGACAUUUAGAGAAUGAGGCACAGCACGUCUUUGCUCCAGUUGUUACAUUUCCUCUUGCGCUCACCUGAUCAGUACAAACAAUGCUUUUUCUAGUCUUUUUUUAUCCAGGUUCACAACUGUUCAGAAAGUAUGUAAGGCUGUGCGUGCAGGCUUUUGAUGAUACUUUCGUCGAGCAGCCUUUAUGACAUGCAGUGAUGAUUUCGUACCUCUGGGAUGGGUUUUACUUUUCCUCUGCGAUUUCCACUCAUUAUGAAUGCUGAGUUUUUCUAUGCAGGCACAUGUGGUGUUAGGGCAGACUGUGACACGAAAGGACAUGUUGCAUUCAUGAAACAAACCACGAAGCUGCUGCUCUUUAUGUUUUCUACUGUCCUGCUGUUUCACGUCAACUUCUCCUGUGAUUGUGUUGAUGCAGCUACAAUAAGUUGUGAUGUCCUUUCAUGUCAAUGCUUUGUCUCUCUUGUUCUGUUUUAGUCCAUGUCUGAUCAUGUCUCUUCUGGUCUUCAGUAUUAAUCGUAUAAAUAGAGAUUUUCUUAUAGUCACUUUAUACUCGAACCAGGCCUCUUGUUCUUGUUGACAGAGCAAGCAAAUUACAGAAACGUUUAGAUUUUGGACUGUGAAUGUAAUUUAAAGUCAAAUCUAUCUUAUGUAUUUGUGUGGAGGUAAAACAUGAAAUAUUUUGUAAAUUAUUAUAAAUCCUUAGCUUUAUCAAAUAUUCAAUUAUUCUAAUAAAGGCCUUCACGGGCAUUUAUGAGCAAAA